AUGACUUCCAGCACACAUCCGGACUUAGAAGUGCCCAUCUUCGGCCCUGAUCAUGGCGUACUAGCCGUGUCUCUCGGCGCUCGUCGGCUGGAGUUGAACCGGGCCGGGUCAUACUCCCUCGGCGGUACGACACCCACCAUCGCCGAACUCAGCUCCCUCCUCGCCUCUUUCCCCCUUUCCUCACCAACCACCACCCCUCCACGCCCAACAAUCCGCAUAAUGAUCCGUCCCCGCGGACCCCCUUCCCUAUCCCAGCCCCAACAACAACAACAACAACAACAACAACAACAACAACCUCACGAGGACCAGGACCAACAAGACCAACCCCAAGACCAAACCCAAGACUUCAUCUACACCCCAACCGAACUCUCCACCAUGACCACCUCCAUCCCCAAAUUCCUCUCCCCCAACCUCCUCUCCCCCGCCCACAACGACGGCUUCGUCUUCGGCAUCCUCCACCACAACCCCCACACAAACAAACUGGCCCUCAACCGAGACCAAAACUCGGCCUUGAUCAAGUUAGUCAAGUCCGCCUCUUCCGAGGAGAGGAGCCUGAAAUGUAUACUACACCGAGCAGUGGAUGAUCUAUUCGAUGACAUCCCGACGGAUGAUCGUGAGGGGGUGGAAAAGGUGAUAGAGGAGGUGAGGAUGUGUGGGUUUGAUGGGAUGUUGACGUCGGGCGGGAAAGGGGAUGCGGUGGGGAAUGUGGAGAGGUUGAGGGUUGUUGUGGAGGUUGGGAGGGAGAAGGGGGUGGAGGUUAUUGUGGGCGGGGGGGUGAGGAAGGAGAAUUUGGGGGGGUUGUUGGGUGGUGGUGGUGGUGGUGGUGGUGGUGGUGGUGGAUUUGCAGGAGGGGGAAUUUGGUUUCACUCUUCUUGUUUGAAGGGAGGGGAGUUUGAUGGGGAUGAGGUGAAGGGUUUGGUGGAUGUGCUGAGGGAGGGUUAA